CGAGAGUUUUAGAAAGAAAGACAGGACGAUUGUUUUUUAUUGGAAAACGCUAGUAUUCUAUCAUCUUAAAUGUUUUCAUUAGACGUUUAGUCCGACCGGGAUAUAAACGAUUGUUAGUUGCCAGAAGCAUCAUGCGACGCUCAGGAGCUCCCAGCCAGCUCUCAGGCAAUGCUGUGAAAAAGCCUCGGUUUGUUUCCCCUGGAGCAUCUCCUUCCUUUCUCACAGCUGAAUUCAAGCCCCUUAGCCCUAAACUUGGUUUAGGCAAUGCACUGGAAAAGGUCCAGAGAAGUCUAACAGCACCAGCUUUGGGUAAAACAAAGUUUGAUGCCCAGCCCAAAGCUGCCCAUCCUGCUCCAACCUUGUCAAGGGCCCUGGCUCGUGUUCUCAGUGUGGCAGAAAGUAAGGAAAAUGAGGCAAAACAUCCUACCACUGUCUCAGAAGAGUACUCCGAAGACAACGGACCCGAAGGAUUGAAUGGUGACCCUCAGUUGACUUCAGGGUCAGUCGGUGUUUCUGGAGCGGCAGGCCCAGACGCUGGCUGCAGUCAAGAUGGAGUGCGGUACCUCAGUGUGAUGUGGUGUAAAGCCAGUAAGAAGAAACACAAGCGCUGGGAGGGCGAUGCAGUCCUGAUUACAAGAGGACGCACCGCCACACUGAAAGACAUGGAGGGGAAGGACAUUGGAAAGGGUAGCGGCUACAAGGUGUCUACGCUGGCCUCCCUCUCUGAUGGAGAGACCCUGAUGAUCGGAGGGAAGGAGGUGGAGGUGAUGGGGAUCAUCUCAGCUGAGGACUUUGCCAGGGGACGUUGUUUCCAAGAGGUGCAGGUAGAGGAGCCAGUAUCAAAGAAGGCUCCACCUCCCUCUCGUGGCUCGGGGUCCAAAGCUUUCUGCUCCCCAAUGCUGUCAGGCAGAGCAGAUCAUCCAGGGUCCAACCCAGAGAAGGAACAAACCUGCAAACCCCGCCAUGACCCGCUGGCUGCAGGCGCUCUGGUGAUGCCUCGUCCCUCCGCUAACCACCAGUGGUCUAACAACAAGGCGGGGCUUCCUGUGGUGGACGUUGUUAUUGACCCUUACCUGACGACCCAACUGCGCCCCCACCAGAGGGACGGCCUGCUCUUCCUCUAUGAGUGUGUCAUGGGCUUGAGAGCUGUGGGGCGCUACGGGGCUAUCCUGGCUGACGAGAUGGGUCUGGGGAAGACCCUCCAGAGCGUGGCGCUGGCCUGGACGCUGCUUAAACAAGGCCCAUACGGGGGGAAACCGGUUGCUAAGCGUGUCCUCGUGGUCACUCCUGGCAGCCUAGUACACAACUGGGGGGCGGAGUUUAACAAGUGGCUGGGCCGAGAGCGGAUCAACGUUUUCACUGUGGAUCAGGACAACAGGAUCGAGAAGUUUGUGUUAUCUCCUCUGCACAGCGUUCUUGUAAUCAGCUAUGAAAUGCUGCUGCGCUGCCUGGACCAGGUACAGAAAGUGGAGUUCGGUCUUGUGAUUUGUGACGAAGGCCACAGAUUAAAGAACAGCAGCAUCAAGACGUCUUCAGCCAUCAGCAGCCUGAGCUGUAGUCGCAGAGUCAUACUGACAGGCACCCCGGUUCAGAACGACCUGCAGGAGUUUUAUGCGAUUAUAGAGUUUGUUAACCCGGGCAUCCUCGGGUCGUCCACUGGGUAUAGGAAGGUUUACGAGGAGCCCAUUCUACGCUCCAGACAGCCCGGCUGUGCUGAGGAGGAGAGGGUUUUGGGGGAAGAGCGAGCGGCGGAGCUCUCUCGUCUGACCGGGAUGUUCAUCCUGAGACGGACGCAGGAGAUCAUCAACUGCUACCUGCCUCCUCGUCUGGACUGGACGUUGUUCUGCGAGCCUUCCCCUCUGCAGCGGGACCUGUACCAGCAGCUCCUCGGCCACAGAGUCUUCAGAGCCUGCCUCCAGGGCUCCACGCAGACUCACACUCACCUGGCCUGCAUCACCGCCCUGAAGAAGCUCUGCAACCACCCCGGGCUGCUGCACUCCACCGUGAAGGAAAAACAAGAGAGUGGUUCAGUGGAGAACACUUUAUACGACGGCCUGGCUGAGCUCUUCCCAGAAUCCUACUCUUCAGGUGGACUCAACACGGCUGACUCUGGAAAACUUCUGGUGCUGUCGGACUUACUGAGCGUCAUCAGACAACUCAACCCUACAGACAGGGUGGUCGUAGUGUCCAACUAUACUAAGACACUUGACAUGCUGCAGGACUUAUGUGUUCACAUGAGCUACACCUUCUGCCGACUGGACGGACACACCCCCACCGGCCAGAGGCAGCGGCUGGUCGACGGGUUUAACAGUCCUUACUCUCUGAACUUCCUGUUUCUGCUGAGCUCCAAAGCAGGCGGGGUGGGGCUUAAUCUGAUCGGGGCUUCCCACCUGGUGCUGUAUGACAUCGACUGGAACCCUGCCAAUGACAUGCAGGCCAUGGCUCGGGUGUGGAGAGAUGGUCAGAAGAAGACUGUGCACAUUUAUCGUCUCCUCACUGCAGGCACUAUUGAGGAGCGUAUAUUCCAGAGACAGGUGGCCAAACAAGGGCUCUCUGGGACAGUGGUGGACCUGGGCAAAAAGGCGGAGCACACCAGCUUCUCCACCAGUGAACUGCGAGAUCUGUUUAGCCUGACAGACACACUCUGUCUGACACACGACCUGCUGAACUGCAGCUGCAGCAUGGACGGCUCGGCCCACGCAGCCUGGCAACAAACACUCAACAGCGCGGCCAACGAUGGAAAUGAGUGA